AUGGCGGAGGGCGCGCUCCUGCACUCAUGUGCCGUGUAUUUGUACCUCUAUGACGAUGCCAGCGGCUCGUACACGCAGCAGACAGAUGCGGCUGUGGGAUGUGCACUCCUGGCGGGAGAACGUGCGGCGCAGAGCGGCUCAGACGCCUUCUCCCUGUUACUAUACGACACACAAAAGGCGCCACUCCUGCAGCUUCCCGUGACGCCCAGUGCGCGCUUCGUUCCUCAGAAAGAUAAUUACGUGAACUUCUACGAGCGCCAGACACAGCGAAAUUUCGCUAUGCGCUUCAAGGACGCAGUUACGAGUGAAGCAUUCAUGUCCGCAGUGUCCUACGCCAAGGCUCAGGUUUUAGUGCACUCCAGCAAGUCCUACGACCGCCACAAGCCCGCAGUACUGGUAGACCAAUUAUCUAUCGGUAAGGAAGACGCCGCUCCGCUGAAUUUUGGCGACGUGGCGGGUGUCACGAUCAAGAAAUGGCAGGGCACGAUUGAGCAGCGAGAGAGCUUCUUCUCGGCCAAUCCGCUGGAGAUUGAGCAGCAACCACCGACUGAGGCUAACGGUGAUGUGAAGAGGAUUAAGUUACAAGAAGGAGCGAGUGAAAUGGACCCUUUUACGAGGAUUCUGGCCACGGAGGCACUCGUGGGCAUGCAAAAGAUGGGGAAGAGACUUGUGACCGUGACGUUCCCGGAGACAAGCGAGUGGGUUAUCGCAGAGAUGGAAUUGGUCAAAGUGAAGAAGAACACCAAGUCCAGCGCAGCUACAGCAGAGCAUAGCGUGGAGGCCGACGAAGCACAGGAACAGGGUCAUGACGAGUUGGUGAAGCGCAUGGCGAGUUUAUCUCGCAUGGGAAGUCAGAGCUCGGGAUUGAUUGCAAGUGUGAAGACGAAACUGGACAGUCGCGCUUCAAUGGAGCCUAAUGGAGAGAUUGAUACGUCCCUAACGCGAGCAUCUUCACUUGGACAGCAGUCUGCAGAUCCUCCUGCUGGUUACGUUCCAGUAUUGCUAGCAGGGCUUCAGUUACCAGGUGAACGACCAGGAUCACUCCGCAAUUUACAUAGUGAAAUUCAGACACAAGUGCAGCAGGAAGCUGCGUCGCCCCCUCAUGCGACAUCGCUAGCUGCUAAGGUGAUCGAGCCACUGAAGCAUCAGACUGAAAACACUAACUUGGGGACAGAAGGCGGAACAAAGUUGGUGUCGCUGUCAAGCGACAUGGAACGUCUGAUGAAGGAGCAGUCGGACUUGGCGCGACUUCGUGAACAACUGGAAGAGAGUAAACGCAAGCUUCAAUCUGAGGACACAAACUCCAGUGAACCACCAGCUGGAUCGUCAAAUGGUUCUGGUGGUAAUAUGUCAAGCUUGACGGAGUACAAACCGACGCAAGAUAAACCAGCUCCAUUCAAACCAUCAGCUUUUGCGCUGAUGGGCUCCAGCGCACCACCUAUCGGGACUUCAUCGUCGUAUACGCCAAGUACUAGUAGAUGGACUCCGCCAAAGCUUGAUAUGGUGCCGUCCUUCUCGCCGUCUGCGUUUAUCCCUCCUUCACAGCCACCCCCGGCACUUCCUCCAGUACCCAGUGCAUUCUCGUCAUCCCUAACACCGUACACGACCUCGUCUUUCCCUUCAUAUUCAUCGACGCCAAAAUCUGGAUCGUCUCCGGAUGUCGAGAAUGGUAUUAUUCGUCUGCAGCGAUCAUCAACGUCGAUCGAGUCCACGUUACACGACCUCCAAUCGAAGAUGGAUCGCCUGUUGAACUCCCAACACUCGAUGAGAUCAACCAAGUUUGUUCCAAGCUCUAGCAAAUAUAGCGGCGGCUCGUCGUUAUCGGCUUCAUCUUCGUCGUCGUCUUCUAUGCUGCUGAAGAAUCUGGAAAAGGCGCUAGCUCAGCGGGAUGAGCUCCAGGCAACGAACUCUCGUCUUGAGGAAGCGAACAGCGAGCUCGAAGCGAAUGUGGAAGAGCUGCAAAGUCAACACGAAUCUCUUCAAAUGGAGAACCGAUCUUUACUGGAUAAGCUGCAGAACGGCAACCACUUGCAACAGGAGAAGUUCCGCUUGGAAUUGCGCAGCGUUCAGCAACAGUUGAGCCAUACGCAGGAGCAAAUGCUAGUGUAUCAGGAAGAGAACUUCCAGCUUCGAGCUCAGUUGGCUGCGAAGGACGAACAGCUUGCCAAGGAGAAGACAAAGCUGCAAGAAGAUACACAGAAGCAGCUUGAACAGCUCCAGCGACAGCUUGAAGACGAAGUUCGUCAAGGCUCGAAGGAUUCGAUGGAGAGGAUGGCGACGGAGAAGGCCGCACUUGAAGCGCAAGUCGCAGAGUUGACAGCGCAGAAGAAACAGUGGGAUGUAGAGCGCGAGAUGAUGAACAAUCGACUGACUCAAGCUCAGAGUCAACAGGUGCAACUUCAAGACGAAACAACCAAGUCUCAGGCGGCUCAGAACUCGCGUGUGCAGGAACUACUGGCGCGUGUUCAGCAGCUCGAGGGCGAAUACAAAAUGUUGAAGCAGCAAGCAGAGGGUUUCCACUCUGAAGCGCGACACUUAGAGGAGUUGUUAGCUUCGAAGGAGCACGAAAUGGCCCAGCUACAAUCCGCUAGAAACGAUCAAGAGUACGCGGCGUUGAGUGAACUCUUCAAGGAGUUCAUGAACGAUAUUUACUUCCAUUUCCAGGACGCUUUCGAUGAAGACACCGAGUUCACGGGCAAAGAGAUUGUCAUGGCUAUCCGCAAGAUCCUGAAGCAGAACACGAUGGAUAUCCUGGCGAAACUGGAGGAAUUCUACCGACAGCAGGCAACGCAUCGGCAAUGA